AUGGAGCCAUCUUCAAAAAAGUUCCCUUCUGGAUUAUGGCUGAUAAGGUCUGAAUAUCUAAGAAAAUGCUGGCCACCAUUGUUGGCAAAGCAACAACAAUUUGAAUCUGAUGAGCUUAUUGUGAUCGAUGAUUCUACUGAUGAUUGUGCUCUGGCGACUGAUAGUUCUAUUACUUUGAGUGGUGUCACAUCUACUUACAAGUUGCCUGGGAAGAUUGCGACGAUGUUGUUUCCCCAUCAGCGUGAUGGCUUAAAGUGGCUAUGGUCUUUGCAUUGUCAGGGAAAGGGUGGAAUCUUAGGUGAUGACAUGGGCUUGGGAAAAACAAUGCAGAUUUGUAGCUUUUUAGCAGGAUUAUUUCAUUCACGGUUGACUAAAAGAGUUAUGCUUGUGGCCCCUAAAACACUGCUUUCCCAUUGGAUUAAAGAAUUAUCAUCUGUGGGUCUCACUGAUAAGAUAAGAGAAUACUAUGGGACUUGCGCUAAAGCACGAAAAUAUGAGCUUCAGUAUGUACUUCAGGACAAAGGCAUUCUUCUCACAACUUAUGAUAUUGUGCGGGUUAACUCAAAAUCUUUAAGAGGGGAUGACUAUGUUCAUGAUGAUGGAAGGGAAGAUAUCAUAUGGGAUUAUAUGAUACUUGAUGAGGUGAGAUUGGGGCAUCUCAUAAAGAACCCUAGUACACAAAGAGCCAAAAGUUUGCUUGAGAUACCUUGUGCCCAUCGCAUUAUUGUUAGCGGCACGCCAUUGCAAAAUAAUCUGAAGGAGCUGUGGGCCUUAUUCAACUUCUGUUGCCCUGAGCUACUGGGUGAUAAGAAAUGUUUUAAGGAACAGUUUGAGUCUCUCAUUGUUCGUGGAAAUGAGAAAAAUGCUUCCGAUAGGGAAAAGCAUAUUGGUUCGACGGUUGCAAAGGAACUAAGAGAACGUAUUAAACCUUUUUUUCUGCGUCGCUUAAAGAAUGAGGUAUUUAAUGAAGACAGUGACCAAACAAGUGCCAAACUUUCUAAAAAGCAUGAAAUCAUUGUUUGGUUGAGAUUGACUGGCUGUCAGCGGAAACUUUAUGAAGCUUUUCUAAAGAGUGAGCUGGUUCUUUCUGCUUUUGAUGGCUCCCCGUUGGCUGCACUUACGAUCCUGAAGAAAAUAUGUGAUCAUCCACUUCUAUUGACAAAGCGAGCAGCUGAAGAUGUACUGGAAGAGAUGGAUUCAAUGUUGAAGCCAGAUGAAACUUGCAUGGCAGAAAAAUUGGCAAUGUACAUUGCCGAUGUUGCUGAGAGAGAGGACUUUGAUGAAAAGCAUGCCAACCUGUCAUGCAAAAUAUCUUUUAUAUUGUCUUUACUGGAAAACUUAAUUCCUCAGGGGCAUAAUGUUCUUAUCUUCUCUCAAACUCGAAAGAUGCUUAAUCUUAUUCAGGAAUCACUAGUAUCCCAUGGUUACAAGUGUUGUGCGGAAUUCGUACGCAUUGAUGGAACCACAAAAGCUAUUGACAGAAUGAGGGUUGUUAAUGAUUUCCUAGAAGGUAAUGGAGCUCCCAUAUUUCUCCUGACAUCUCAAGUAGGUGGUUUGGGCCUCACGCUUACAAGAGCAGAUCGUGUGAUAGUGGUUGAUCCUGCUUGGAACCCAAGUACAGAUAACCAAAGCGUGGAUCGUGCAUAUCGAAUCAGACAAAAUAAGGAUGUCAUUGUAUACAGAUUAAUGACUUGUGGGACUGUUGAAGAAAAGAUAUACAAAACAGAGAUAUACAAGGGCGGAUUGUUUAAAACUGCAACCGAGCAUAAAGAACAGAAGAACAGAUUCGGUACUUUAGACCUUCGUGAACUUUUCAGUCUCCCAAAAGAAGGUUUUGAUGUAUCCCUUACGCAGCAGCAGCUAUAUGAGGAGCACGAUCGCCAGCACACAGUGUACGGAAUAUUACUUGUAUGCAGUAGUGUUGAUAAUAACAGUUGUAAUUGUGUUUCUGUGACUGUGACUUGAU